GCCACUCAACUUUCGUUCAUCAUUAAUAGAUGUCUCCACCAUAUUAUUGCUUGACGCUUACCAAAUAACCUAAUAAAAAUUUAAUCAUAAGAAAAAAAUGUUGUAAUCAGUAAUCAUGACGAACGGAUAUUUCGGUAAAAAAAAACAAGCAAACUACCCACCUCAAGGUGUUCGUUGCCAAAAAUGUCUUGAAUACGGUCACUGGUCCUACGAAUGUAAAGGUAAACGUAAAUACUUACACAGAUCCUCGCGUACGGAGACUUUAAAGAAGAAAAUGAAACUAAUUGAAGCAAAAAGUAACCAGGAAAAUGUAGAAAGUAAUAAUAGUAAACCAGAUUCUUCUUCGGGUACUUCAGAUAAUGACUCAGAUACCACUAGUAGUUGUAGCAGUAGCAGUAGUGAUACCGACGAUUCUGAAUCUAGUUCUGAUAGUGAAGAAUACAACUCUAGUUCUACAUCUAGUUCGGAUUCUGAAUAACAAAGAGUUCAAUAUUUUUAUAAAUACAUUAUUUAUGAUUUAAUAAUAUUAAGUAAGAAAAAUAGAACACGAUUUU